CCCUCUCUCUCUCUCUCUGUGUUCUCCAUCCUCAUGAUUUGCGUUUUGACUACUUUCUGAGCAGAAAUGGCUUUGAGAAGAUUGCAAACGCUUCGUGCUCUGUAUUGGACUGCUGGGAUUCGAGAAUCUUCGUAUCUGCUUGGUAGUUCAAGAAGCUAUUCAAAUGCUAUUUCACAUGUUCCUGAAAUUAAUCAGCGGAGCAUUUCUUCUUGCUUAAAUAAUGCCCACAAAGCUUUCCCGUUCAUUCGAGGAAGUAUGAUGACUCUUCGCUCUACGAUGGCUGCCGAGUUGUUGCUAUUCUCCAAUGACACGAGGUUGGUUACUACACAGGCAAAAGCUCCUCCACAAGCGCGACAGAUGGGAGCUCUUAAAGUAUCCAUGUUGAGUCCUGGAUUCAUUUAUGAACCUUAUGCACCUCGUGAACCAAUAUCAUUUUGGAAGAGAUGGUUCACAGGAAGUGGUUGGAAAAGAACAAAAGAGGAUAUUAUUCUGGAGCUUAAAAGUGCCUAUGCAAUUAACAAAUUAAGAAAAUCUGGAUACUCAAAGCAGACGUUUUACAAUGAGGCCGUAAAUAGAAAUUUUUUCUUCUUUUUCCAGAUAAACACUCUAAUGGCAACUGGAGACAAAACAUCAUUAAGGAAAGCAGUUACUGAGAGAAUGUACUCUGCACUCAAAACUGAAAUUAAACAAAGAGAAUCCAUGUGGAGCAAGGUCCAUUGGGAAAUGGUCGAACCAGUUGUUAAGAUACGAACUUUGCGGGCUCGUCUGAUUGGUGUUGAUCGCAAUGACCUCAGCAAAGUUUUCAUUCAACUCACACUCGAGUUUCUGACUAAACAGAAGUUUGAAGCCUAUGAUUCAAAAGGUUCUGUUGUAGCUGGAGAUAAAGCUAAGGAGGUCCUCGUCCGUGAUGUAUGGGUAUUUGAGAAAUCUCUCUUUCACCCUGGAGCUUACUGGCGUCUCUGUGGGCGGAUCUCACUGAAAUCUCCUUAAUUGAAGUCUUAGAUCUACCAUGCUGAUAAUGAUGAUUAACUGCUGUUACCCAAUUUUGUAAGCUGUGAACUCUGUAAAUUUAUCAGAUCUAUUAAACAGAUAGAACUGUAAGUUUACAGGAUUAUUAUUCCAAUUUCACCUGAGGUUAGCUUUGGGGAUCAACUGGAGUUGCGUUGGCAGGUAGAGUUCCUCAAGCAAUAAAUCUGACACGGUGAUCGUUGUUCUUAAAACAUUGGGAAUGGUUAUGUGGAAUGUCUUCCUGAAUGCCUAUCCUCUGUUGAACUAUGUAAUGGCUUCCUGAAUCGCCCAAGGUAUGUUUGUGCCUGUGAAUUGUCUACAUAAUGAUGUCCUUGUGUCUGGCAAAAGGAAUUUCCAUCUUAACCUUCCUCCAACCAAGUAAGACUUGUUGAAAAAUGUGAGAGUAUUAUACAAUAGAGGAGAAUUCCAU